UCAAGCCUUUCUCUGGAGGCAAAACCCAGUCUUUCCUUUGGGCAUAUCCUGAAAAGGAAGGAUUUCCUGGGAAAGAUCGUAAUGCUGAAAGAUGGAAAGCAGUAGGGAAAGAGGAAGACCCCCCAUGUGAGAUGGACUGACUCCCGCAAGCAAAUCACGACUUUUGAGUUUGCAAGAGCUGCACAGGGCUAAUUCCGCAGGGUUUCCAUCCGGAGGUAGCCAAAUAAACCUCCUGUUCAGGCCUGGUUUAAAGAACAAACCUGUCUUGAUCCAGCCUAGCUGACUGUUGGAGGUUAUCCCACAACGGCUUGGUGCCUCUGUUUUUCCUCUACCCUCCUCUUCCCAAUUUCCUUUCCUGUUGUGCCUUUUUAGUUUGCAACCCUGUGGCAAGAGGCGAUUCCCCCUUGAGCUUGUUUUGCUGCUGUUUAAAGACAAACAAAACACCCUCUUUUUAAUUACUUUAGACCCUUUGCAGGCGUUUCUUUCUUGGAUCCCUAAGCCCAUCUUCCACCAACGGCCCGUGGGUGAUGGUGAUGGUUGCGUUUAAGUGGGAUCGUGCCCCCCCCUUGUUUCAAAACUCUGAGCAGGCCCUACGAGAGGCUCAUAGACAGCCCGCCGAGAGGGCCCUAUUCUUGCGAGAUGGAGAGGUAACCGCUCAGCUCGCACAUACGCCCUUCGGUGCCACAGAUCACUGAUGCUCUGAGUGCGAAUCCCUGGAAUGAAACAAAAGCCGCCCGUUCGGCCAAAAUACCGGAGCAGUGAAGAGGAACCCAUUAAACUGUGUUUGGUGGUCUAUUCUGUUGAGGGAGAUGGUGGAAAACCCAGGAUUUGAAGCUCACGAGGUAUUCUCCCCUCGUGUGUUUGUGUAAGCGUGUGAGGCCGGGUGCCACGCUGCGCACGGCACAGCCAACGCUACAAAAAAGCGUGUGGGUUUUUCUCUCUUUCUUUUCAGAACCAAUUUGGAAAGGCGAGCCAAGCCGCCGGUGGUCUCCGUAGAAACAAGACGGGCGAAGAGGAUCCGGAUUCUGCAGCAACUUGGCCCACGGGCAACGGGAAGGCUUCUGUUGGCCAAGCCGGCCAAGAUCCCUCGAAAACGGUCCUCCUGGGACUUCCUGGUCUCACCUGCGGCAGGUGAAAUCCUGGCCGGGUUGAGCUUUGGACUUUUCCCAACCCCAGGGGCGUGGACCAACCUGGUGUGAGCAGGAAGAGCCGAGCCAGAAGGAAGAGAGGCGGAGAAGGAGAGAGACCGGCUGGUCGUUGGAAGAGAUGGACCAAGAGAAAUCCCCCGGAGAUGCCACCUCGGCCAGAUCUCCUGACCUUUCUCCGUCCGACAAUCCCGGAAAGCAGAAAAAAAACAAGAGGAGAAUGAUGGAACAGAAAAAAUGCCAGAGCUUGGAUGAAGCAGGGGCUGAGAGAUCCCGCCAUGGGCCCAAUCCACCUUUGUCCAGGUCCAAAACCGUGGAUCCGUCUUUUUACAAAGAGCGGGAGAAAGAAGCCGUUCCGGCUUAUCGUCAGAACUCGGAAUCCAGACUUUCCAAUCUGAUGAAACACGCCAUCAACUUUCACCGAGUCUUUAAAGACCUCCCCCUGGAAGAGGAGCUGCUGGAGACAUUCUCGUGCGCUUGGCAACAGGAGAUAACUUACCACGGCCGGCUGUACAUCUCCCAUCAUCACGUCUGUUUCUACUGCAGCAUGAUACGACGAGAAGUUAAGGUCACUAUUCCCGUCACCACCAUCAGCAUCUUGAAGAAAGCCAACACGGCCUUACUGGUGCCCAACGCCGUCUGCAUCCGUACCUCCGAAGGGGAGAAGUUCGUCUUUGCAUCCUUGCGGUCGCGGGAGAGCGUCUACCAGCUGCUGCGUGCGGUCUGCACCCACCUCCAGGACGGCACCCGAAACAGCCGCCUGACGCUGCCUGACACCACCUCGGAAAAUCUCUCAAAGGUCUCUCAGGAUCCGGGUGCGAAUUCCCAAUUGUCAGAGCACGAGAUCUUCCCAGAGGAGUCUGAGCUGGGAGACGAGGCAGAUACGGGGGCCAAAGUGCUGACAGAUCUUCACCUGCAGCAGCAUCUGACAGCAAGAGGGACAGGGGCGCCGGCAGUACCCAAGCCCCCCGAGACCUGGACGGACCACAUGGAGCCCAUCAGCAUCAUCAUCCUGAUCUACCUCUUCUUAGUGGUGGUCCUGAUCCUUUCCUCGGGUUACAUCGGCCUGCGCAUCGUCCAGUUGGAAGAGCAGCUGACGUCGAUGGGGGCCUGGCCAGAUUUACACCUCCAGCCUCGCAGGUUCAAGGAGACGUGAGGAAAGAAGAGAAGGGGACAGGAGGCGGAUCUGACCUCUCCGAGGGACACACACACCCCCACCGCCACCUCCGAGACCAUCUCCCUUCUUGCUGGCCAGGGAGUGAAAACAGAGAGGGCUUGGGGACCCUAUAUAUGUUCAGGAUCCCAAAUGUAUAUAUUUGUCAGGGGGGUCAGUCUAGAUGACCCCAUGGGUCCCCUUCCAUGAAUCCACUUCAUAGAAGCUCCAGAGUCAACACCCAGAAUAAAUAAUGUGGCGGGAAGGACAAGCGAUCUGGAGAUCCUUAAAGCUACUUGUUAUUCUAGCAGGGGGCAUUUUUUUUGGGGGGGGGAAGCAUCUUGAAUGUUGUGGGCCUAUCUGAAUUUUUUUUAAAAAAAUUAAAAAUCAAAUAUGCUGUGCAUAUCUCUUUAUCACAGAAAGCCCCAACCUUGAGAGGCGAAGCCUCCAUAUCCAGAGGCAGUCUAUCACUGGGUGGGACCCUAAGCUGGGGGGGGCAACCAGGGUGAGGUGCUGGCACCUUUGAGCCGUAUUUUAAGUAUUCCAGAAGAAAAGCGAAGAUAGUAAGAUCCUGUUAUCCGCGGGAUCAGCUUCCACGGAUUCAGUUACCCAUAGCCUGAAAAUAUUACAUAUUCAUAUGCAUCCCCACAGCGUAUUUACCAGAGCUAGCCACUAGAGGGAGCCAGAGAUGGCGCUGUGUAUUGGGUUCACUCUUAUCUGCGGUUUCCAACAUCCGCAGGGCAGGAACCAAACUCCUACUGUAUACUUUCUCAAAAUUUCUUUGCCAUCUCUGGCAUUUUUAGAACCUAUUUUGUAUGGUGUUCUCGUUCCUGCUGUACAUUUUUCUGCUACCAACGGUGCACGUGCGAGUGUGAGUGUGGACGCUGGGGAAAGCACGGCUUUUUCCCACCCGCCGCAUUUCUGCAGAGGUGUCAUUUAAAUAAUAGUAAUAAAAUAAAGGCUGGGCAGAAUUAAAACCCAAGGCUAUUGACGGUUCACUCUCUCUCUCUCUCUUAAAUUAAAUCUGCUGGGAAGAACGACGGGAAUGCCCGAGAUAAGGAGGGCGGGUGAUAAAAAGCCAAGGUAUGAUAAUAACCAGUUGUCUGCUGGUGGCAGUGGCACAUGGUGGGCACGGUGCCAGGGCGCCUCAGUUUCGGUAACCCAGAAUCCCUGUUUAUCUUUCUCUUUACUGAACUUUCCUUUAACCCUUCGGGGUGAAAAUCUUCAGGAGGCAACAGGGCAGCGAUCUCCGGCGGUCUUUUCCCCCCGAAAUGUCCCGAAAGCAAAGCUUUUUUGGGGUGAUCUGGAGAGAACCAGGGAGGUGUGUUGGGGGGGUAGAAGGGGAUUAAAAACACAAGAUGCCCGGGAGGAAUCAUUAAGACCCCUUAGGCUCGCAAAAGACCCGCUCCCGAUGGGAGGAAACGCCCAGAGGCACUGAGGGGAAGUUUCCCCCUCUCUGAAUCUUGAAAGAGGGAUUCUCUUCUGGAAAAAAGGGGGGAAGAGGACUGGGC